GUAAUGUCAAUUAUCAGUUAUCAUCGCCCGUUAAAAAUAAUAUUGAUUGUCUUUAAAAUAAAAUUAAUAAGUUUUAUUAAUUAACAUUACGUCAUUAAACGUGUUUUACUAUGAGAAAUGUUUUUAAAUUUCAUGCUACUUAGUAUAUUGUUCUGUAAAUAUAUCGAAUUUUGUUUCUGAAGGUUAUAGUCUUAAAGCAAAAAACUUAGUUAAAAUCAGCUCAAAAUGUCUACUGCUUUGUGCUCAAAUGAACAAACUAACACGGAUUUUCAGUCUAAUAUCAAUGAUAAUAGUCAUAUAAAUAAGUCACAACCUAAUGAAACCCGGUUAGAUCCAAAAACUUCAAAUGAAAUUGUAGUUUUAAUUAAAAAUAAAAAUAUACUAGAUAUGUGUAUACAUGAUGGUUGUUCGAAUGCUGCAGUAGUACAUCCAGAAUGGGAUAAUGAAUAUUGCAGUGUACAAUGUUGUUAUAAUCAUUGCAAAGCAACUUUUCAAGCUUGGCUGGAAGCUAAUAAGAUGACAAAAAAUAAAGUAGUUCAAAUGGAAGUUUCAGAAAAUUCUAACUCUCAAAAUUUAUAAAAAAAGAUUAUCAUAUUUGUAAACAUUAAAACAUUUUUACUAUGAAAUAGACAGUACAAUCCUAUAAAUAUUUAGUAUAAUUUUAUUUAUACUUUCAUAAACUUAAAUUUUCUCAAGUAAAAUUUCAUUGAUGUAUAAAAUGAUCUUUUGGUAAUUAUUGUUACAAUAUUUUUUAAUUUGUUAUUAAAUUAUUAUUAAAAGGUGUUUUAUCUACAUUUAAUUAAAAAUUCUUUUUAUGUUGCUGAUGAUUUGUUAUUUGCCGAUAAGAUGGUUGUUGUAUAAAGUUUGGACAGUGUAAACAGAAAUCUAAAUAUAUAAUUUGAGAAUAUUUUUCUUUAAAAUAGUAUAAUUUUUAUAUUUUUGUAAACAAUUUUGGUAAUAAUUCAGUAAAUUAUUUUAAAAAGAUUAUUAAAAUAUGUUCAUUUUGAUAUAUAACAUUUUUUAUGUAAAAUAAUUUUUGUAUAGUUGAAAC